UUGGGUUGGUAGUGAUGUCGUUUGGUAGAGAUGCAUCGUAUUGAUUAGUUAUGUCUGCGACUUCAUACUCGACUCAGCAGAUCAGACGAGUCGACUGUGUACUGAUCCUUGAGCCCUGCGUUUGCUCAGCUGCAGUCGGAGUGCAGAGUGGAAUGAGAGGAACUUGAGCUGCAACUUGAAAGUCAAGCGGUUUGCUUUGUCCGAACGGAGCGAAGAGCUUGGGCGAUGAUUAUCUGAAGUGCUCCUAUCGCUUUGCGUCCCUGCUGCAGACUGCUACUGCCAAGCACAAGUCAGCCCUACAUUACCACAAUCUGCAUGCUGUCAAACCACAGCCACGAGAAUGUUGACCGAGCCUAGCCCAGGCCAAGGUUCGGAUCGGAGGCUUUGUGUACCUGGUGUACGCCGCCGGUUACCGCCAAUGCCGGUUUGCACAAGCAACGGCACGGAUGGUCUAGCUGCAGCGGUUCAACCAAGAACGUGAUAUGUACUGGUCUUGUGAAGUGUCCGCGUACCACGAGGCAUGCACUUGGCCAACGUGGCCUCGGACAACAACCAGUACGCAUUACAACGCUAGUCGCACUGAGUUGGUGGAGUGGUGUUGCCGAGUGGCGAGGAAUACAUUGCUACUGCUUGCCACGAAUUUCGUAACGCUGCGAAUCGAUUUACGGGGCUUGUGUGUAACCAGUCGUUUUCGGACGAGAAGGUUUCGACCGACUACGUCGGGAAUUAUUGCAUCAUUGCCAUCAAGUCAGGCUUUGGUACUCAAUUGGCUGACGAACGGUAUUCGCUUUCGUCGCCGGACGAGGUACUUCCGCGGUAAAGGAGCAAAGCAGAAAACUGAGACCACGCGGUUCGAGGUGGAGCGUUGGACUCAAGCUGUUUCGGUGUCGACAUCGACGGCUGUGUACCCGAAUGCGGAGGAGUGCAAGGUCUCCGUCGCACACCGACAGUUGAGCAGGCUGGCUGCAAGUGCAACAGUGCAAGUCUGGGGACUGACCUCCGCACGGGACGCUGUACUUCAGCUGUGAUGCGGUUGGCAUCAUCACGCUUGGCGAAUCAUCGGGUGGGCCCCAGUUGGAUAAUACCAUCCUCUUGUUAGCAAUCAUCGAUCUGCCGCUCAGUGAAGCUCGCCACCAUGGCCAGUACUCCACCAACGCUACAAUACCUCCUACUGCCAACACUCCUGCUGUGCGUAUGUUUCUGUGAACUGGUGCAUGCUGGUGCUAAGGACUAUAAACCCUUCAACAAUGAGGUGGCUGAUGAAUCUAGGUUACUGCAUAAUGCUAAGGAAAAAUCAUUCAGCAAGUUUGGGGAGGUGGAGCAUCCUCCUUUUGACCCACACUGGGAGAACAUCAUCCACAGGAAUGUCCACUGGCCCUGCCAACAUGCCAUGGACGUGAUGCAGAGUUUCUCCGUCCUGCGACUUCAAGAUUAUGAGCGCAAGUUGUACGGGACGCCGCGCAAGCGCUAUCACACGCGCCCCGGCACGCGUGCAGGAUCCGAUAACGGGACGGCGCCGACACUGUGGCUAUGGACGUACCCGAACGGCAGCCGGUUUACCGGAGUCCUGCCCUCGCCGGCGAAGAAAAGAGGUCCCCACCACAGCCGCUCUGGACACCACGGCAAAUAUCAUAAAGGCCGUGGCAGCCCAUAUUAUUCCCAGUCAUCAUCCUCCUCGUCGUCUUCAUCGGACGAGAAUGGUAAAUCAUCAUGGCGACAUUACUAUGACGACAUAAGAAACGAUGGGAGCCCGUCCUACGAGGAGACGACGCAGCGCCCGCCAGCUGAAGACGACAAUUCAAGUUCUAUUGAUAAUGGUGAAGACGAUGACAAUGCCACAACUGCUUUGCCCCAGGUUGUGGGUUCCACCGUGUCUGUGGUCAACAGCACUGCACCGCAGGGCACAGUGUCGACUGUGUCGCUGAUCUCCAGGCAGCGACGGUCCGCCGACGAAGACCUGGAGACAUGUCUGUCGACGACCAUGGACCUUCACGUAGUCAAUGUGCAUGCAAGCGCUGGCGCGGCAACACUACUGGUGGCAGGGGAAAGGUUCGACUUGGCCUACGCUACGUCAGCUAAUCCCACGGUCCAGUUGAAGGCAACCGACACAUACACUGUCAUUCACAAUAGUGGUCGAAUUGAGUAUCCGCUGUCCAAUGAGCACUAUGGGUUACCAUGCAACGGCGAUCUGUACAUCGCCACUAGCCGCGUGCAGAGCACGACCAAUGUUCUGCACGCCGAGGUAGCUCUGUUCUACCCGCAGCCCGUCAAGCAGCUGCAGGAGGCACAGAACGCGACGAUAUUCGUCUACAACGCGCUGGAGAUGAUUGGUCUUCCGGCAACUGUGGACGUACUGUUCUUCAGCAGUCACAAGGCGGCCCAUCUGAUGCCGGCAUUGUUCCGUGUGUCGGCCAACAUGGAUUUGAACAGCGGCACUGACGCCAUUCUUCCUGUCGGUACAUACACUAUCAAGGUUGUGCGUCACAACAGCGUUCUGACGCACUGUCGCUUCGUUCGAGUGAAUUCGCUGUUGCCGGAGGUGAGCAUACAGGUCCGGGCUGGUAUGCACUACUUCAUCACCCUGCACGGCAAGGUCGACAUCAGAGCCUAUGGGGUUCGCGGCAACGACUCGUCUGUGCGCGUGCCCGUCUACCCGUCGGGAUUGGUGACCAACCGGCCAGCCGACAUCCGGCAGAAGCUGUGGACUAGUGCCAAGGUAUUCAUCAUCAACGCAUUCCGCAGCACGCGGCCUAUCCUAUUGAGGCUGGUCAGAAAGGACUUCAGGGUGAAGCUAAACUACAGCGAGGUCAAAUUGUUUGAAAACGUUACAAUAGAGGAAGGGGAUUGCUUCAUCCUUCUGAACAGGAAGGACAAAUACAACCCUCGCGGUAAAGUGCGUGAUCUGGUGUACAACAAGGUCCCGGCAAAUGAUGCAGAAUGCUUCAUUGUCGCCGAUCAUAAGGCUGUCGGCCAUUCCAGUGGCUCCAGCAGUCUGGAUAUCUUCUUUCAUUGCUUUGACACGACCGCUGUACUGCCAGCUCCUAGGUACGCUGAGGUCGUCAUCUACCACGCCCUGCAUGGGCUGAAGUGUGAUUUUGUAGAUGUAAUUCUAAAGCGGAAGAGCCUGACAGGUGAUGGUGGUGAUGACGAUGAUGAAAACACAGCACUCUAUACGAUAGCUUCAGACCUGGCUGUUGGUCACGGACAGACAAGACUCAUCGAGGCCGGGCUCUACCAAGUCAGGGUUUUCGAGAGUGACACUGUGCAUACGCUGGAGGAGUACGACACUGCAAGGACCCCUAUCAACGCCGAGGUCUACCUGGAAUCACAGACAACGUACUACGGUUCUAUCCAAGGCAUUGCUCACAGCAACAUGACGGCGUUCUACCCGCCUACGCUGAUCGUGUUUCCGCGCCACCAGCCGCCGGUCGUGCAGAGCCCAGCGACAGAGCGCGUCGUCACGUCUACCGCCAGCACACUGACAGCACUUCACAAUCUUACACCCGUCACGGGCUUAGCCGCUUUACUUGCCUUCGUAUCACUAUAGCCGCGUUUCUGUGCGGAAAGGAGGCUUUACAGUUGAGACAGUCAUGUCGGAGAACCUCUAUACUGUUACAGGAUCCAUUCUAUAACGGCACACAUACAUUGUACACUGUUGCUGGUGUUAGGUUAUAUCUGUAAAAGUAUACUUCCCUACUAAGUCCUGUAUAUACGCGGCUGUAGUUUUGCAAGUUACGUUCUUACUACGCAGCACGUCACCCGUUCUUACCCUGUGAGUAGUUGGUGUUCCUCCCGGUAUAGGUUUCAGCGGAGGCUUGACUUUGAGUGACUUGAAAUCUAUCUAGCACUACAUCUAUUUUUGCGCUAUGUUUAGGACUAUUAUUUUAUGACCGGUGGCGGGGGAAACUUUCAGUGCUACCGGCCAAGGCUAGUAUAUAUAGGUGGAACUAUUGCAUUGUGCAGCAAUUGCUCACGGUAUACAGAGGACAGAUAUAAGUGAACUGCAAUUAUGGCAGUGGCGUCUUUUUUUUAAACAUUUCUCUUCUUUCUAUACGCUUCCAGUGGAUAUGGUAUCGGACUCCCCCAGUAUUUGUAUUGUUUCGGCUGACUGAAUACAUGUUGCCGUUUUCUUCAAACUUCAUGAAAUGUCCUUCUUUUUGAGUUUGAGAUCAAGAUGACGCUGCGCCCAUGUGACAUAAAAGCACGAUAAUACAUACUUUAUAUACGAUGUAGUCUUGUAGUGCGAGUCCCAUAGAAAACGAUGCAGGUGAACAAUCUCACUUUAGUCUUGCAAAUGCAAGUACGUUUUUAGUUGGUUGCAUCUGAUCAUGAUCAUGAUUAUUGUCACCUUGUGACUGUGCUGAUGCUGUGUUUAUUACCGGCAUCAAUCAGGACCUAAGGCACUGUUUCACGGAAAAUC